GUUUAGUCGUAGUCGAACGGCCGGCAUUAGAACAUCGCUUUGUUUCAACGCAUCUCACCUCAACCAAAAUGGACCGUUGGGCAGGAAAGGUGGCCGUAGUGACCGGGGCAAGUUCGGGAAUUGGAGCCGCCAUCACUACGGACCUGGCCAAAGCUGGAAUGGUGGUCGUUGGAUUGGCACGUCGAGUGGAACGGGUUGAAGCUUUGAAAGCAAACUUGCCGGAGUCUGCUAAGCCGCGUUUGCAUGCGGUUAAGUGUGACGUAUCCAAGGAGGAAGACAUUACCCAGGUGUUCAAAUGGGUUGAGGAGAAAUUUGGGGGAGUUGACGUGUUGGUCAACAAUGCGGGAAUCCUUCGGCAGACGGAUUUGCUGGGUACCGAUAAUGGUCAAAUGCUGCGAGAAGUCUUGGAUACGAAUGUGAUGGGACUGGUGCUCUGCAGCCAGAAGGCCUAUCAAUCGAUGAAGAAGCGCUCGGUCGAUGGGCACAUUGUCCAUAUAAAUAGCGUCGUUGGCCAUAAGGUUUUUGAUUUCCCGCAAUCGAAUAUAUAUCCGGCGUCGAAGCACGCAGUGACGGCCAUUACGGAAACUAUGAGAAACGAAUUGCGGAAUGCCGGGUCCAGAAUAAAGGUUACGAGUAUUAGCCCCGGUGUGGUUCGCACUGAAAUCCUUCCGGAGUCCAUUAUUGAAGGAGGUCAUUCGCUGUUGGAAUCGGAAGAUAUAUCCGAAGCUGUAUUGUACGUGCUUGGAACACCUCCUCGAGUGCAAGUCCAUGAAUUGACUAUAAAACCAGUAGGUGAGAAGUUUUGAAGGACGAACGAGAGUCCUUUGAAUCAAUUUACACCUAACUGUUUCAUAUGUUGCACGUGAACUGUGUUGUCGUAAUCUAGUGGAGUGAUUGAUAUUUUCGAUAUUUUUAGAAAUAUAAAACCGAAUCAAUCAAAACCGAGA